AUGCCGCCGUUGGGCUAUGUGACCUCCUACGCUCCUCGACUGCGGCAGUAUGCCAAUUCGCUGAUCUCGCCUGUUUUGCCUACUGCGCCGGUCGCCCCGCCAGUACGGACGACAAAGCGCGGGACUGUCGUGGUGAACUACGCGGAAAACGACUACGACGACGAUGACUUCGAGGACAGCGAGGGCCCCCGACGGCCCACAGGGUUGCGCAGUUUACGACGAGAUGAAAUAACUCCCUACCUGGGGCCCGCGGGGGAGAAGCUAGGCAAGGAGAUAUCCACGCCUGUCAACGUCCAGGCCAACUACCGAGACUGGGUUGUACGGAAGUCUAUCAAAGCAGGGAGAGAGAGACAUUUGAAGGCUCAGGCGCAACUACCGGUGAACCUUAUACCCAUCCGGAUUGACCUUGAAAUCCCAGCGUUUCAACCUGUUGAACCAUUCCCAUUGCCGCGAAACUACCUGGAAGCUGGUAUCAACCCUACCCUUCCUGCUUACAGAAAACCUGAGCCGGCGCCGCCUUAUAGAAUAAAGGAUAGUUUUCUCUGGAACCUGCACGAAGCCUUAACGACGCCAGAGGAAUUUGCAUCCGUAUUUGUGCGCGAGUUAGACCUUCCAAACCCACAAUCAACAGCUUUGGCGAUAUGUAACCAGAUCCGCCAGCAGCUGGAGGAGUAUGCUGGCGUUGCUAUGCACCCUCUUUUCCAAACCGAAGCGACCAUGCCGAAAAAGGUAGAUACUGCGCCAAAGGUGACUGUCACUGCAGAACGGCCCAUCACACCAAUGCAAACUACUCCGGCGACCCCUGCCGCGCCUUCAGAUACCAUAAAAUCCGGACAGCAGAAUGGGAGUGCGGUAGUGAAUCCAUCUGAGGCCGACUCUCCAUAUGACCCGGACGAUGCAUAUAGAUGCAUUGUCGUUCUCAACAUAAAUCUCCACAAUAAGCUAUACAGUGAUAAAUUUGAGUGGUCUCUUUUGCAUUCAAGAGGGAUGGCUGAACAGUUUUCAAAGGUGACAUGUGCAGACCUUGGCCUUGGGCCAGAGUGGGUGAGCUCAAUAGCCCACGGGAUUUACGAAGCUGUUUUGAAACUGAAGAAAGAGGCCUGCGAGAGCGGCGCACUUCUCAGUGGCCAUGGUGGUCUAGGGGCAGAAAUCGACAAUCAAGCUGCAAACGGCCAAGAAGCUGGCUGGCGAUAUGACCCUGACACCUUAGGAGACGAAUGGGAAACUAGGAUUGAGACUCUGUCCAAAGAAGAGAUUGAGAAGAGAGAAGGUGACCGAGAACGUCAGAUCAGAAGGCUUCGACGAGAGACGGCUAGGUUUUCGUCAACAGGUGCAGUUGCUGCAUCGGCACCGGAGCUGUCCCGACAAGGCUCCGGUGGCUAUUUCGAUGUCCCAGACGGUACCGAGACCCCCAUGGGCCGUGGAGAGAGAAUCCCAGUCCAACUGGUCGAAGUGGUACUCCUGCGGGCAGAGGCACACCAGACACUGGAGCAGCAGCUGGCUAUGGAGGUGGAGGAGGGACCCUGGCUGACUGGGAGAGACAAGCGUGGCGCUGCUCAAAUUGCCUUGUCUGGGGCUCUGCAGUGUGGGCUGUGCGAGAUGGGCCAGCAGGACCCAGGACCCUCUGUCACAACUGUGGAUACCAGUACGAAUGCAACAAGCAACUACCAGAAUGGCAGAGAGGACUGCAUUAUGUUGACCAUUCAAUCAUACGCUAAGGGCCUCCGAACGCUCUCUGUAUCUAUUGAUUUUUAUUGCCACUGUCUACCUGAUAGCAGAAGAUCAAGAAAUAUAUACCCAAACCAAGCCCACGGCCUAGAAUACCCCCCAUCUAUCCCAGCUGACAAAGUCAACAAAUGA